GCGCAGAAGAGUCACGUGGUGGCGGGACUGUGAAAAUGGCGGCUCCAGGAGAGAGCGGGGCUUCUGGAGGUGGCGGCAGCACAGAGGAAGCAUUUAUGACCUUCUACAGUGAGGUGAAACAAAUAGAGAAGAGAGAUUCAGUUCUAACAUCCAAAAAUCAGAUUGAAAGAUUGACCCGUCCUGGUUCUUCCUACUUCAAUUUGAAUCCAUUUGAGGUUCUUCAGAUAGAUCCAGAAGUGACAGAUGAAGAAAUAAAAAAGAGGUUCCGGCAGUUAUCCAUAUUGGUGCAUCCUGACAAAAAUCAAGAUGAUGCUGACAGAGCACAAAAGGCUUUUGAAGCUGUGGACAAAGCUUACAAGUUGCUACUGGAUCAGGAACAAAAGAAGAGGGCCCUGGAUGUAAUUCAGGCAGGAAAAGAAUACGUGGAACACACUGUAAAAGAGAGAAAAAAACAGUUAAAGAAGGAAGGCAAACCUACUAACGUGGAAGAGGAUGAUCCUGAGCUGUUCAAGCAAGCAGUAUACAAACAGACCAUGAAAUUGUUUGCUGAGCUGGAAAUUAAAAGGAAAGAGAGAGAAGCCAAAGAGAUGCAUGAAAGGAAACGACAAAGGGAAGAAGAGAUUGAAGCUCAAGAAAAAGCCAAACGUGAAAGGGAGUGGCAGAAAAACUUCGAGGAAAGUCGAGAUGGCCGGGUGGACAGCUGGCGGAACUUCCAAGCAAAUACCAAGGGGAAGAAAGAGAAGAAAAAUCGGACCUUCCUGAGACCACCAAAAGUAAAAAUGGAGCAGCGUGAGUGACCGCCUGAGGUCACAGCCAUAUAACCUUCCUCAGCUGUCUCCCUUCCUGCUUUGAAGGACUCAUUUUUCCCUCUCAUUUCCACCCCAACAUAGAGUAGUAUUUGCUUUUUAGUCCAUUUUAUUUUCAAUACAAUUUAAUAGCAAUCAGAGGAAUUCUUUUGUACAUUGAAAUGAGGGGCUUGGUUUAAAAAUAAACCUUUCCUUACCCGCUACUUCUAGACCAACCAGGAUUAGAAGGUGGCACCAUCUGUGCUGUCUUCUCAUCCUACAGCCUGUAACUUAAUGUUUUGUACUUCACCGAAUUGUGAUGGUUAGAAACUUUGUAUAGUUUGUGGAAAUCACCCAAUUAAACAUACUGCUUAAAAUGGUGUUGCUGUGACUUCAGGCCUUUGUGUCUGGGCCACUUAGGAAACCACUUUGCUUUGGUUGUUUGCUCCUGGAUUUGGCAGUCUCCGAAGCCCCAGACCAGAGAGAGAGCACACAGAGCUGUCACUUGAUGACCUACUGUGUGUGCUCUCCCAUCACCAUCUGACUGGCCUGUGUGGCAUGAGGUUCUGAGCCACCCAGACCUGUUCACUUUCCAAAGAUCUAGCUGUCCUCUAUCCAGUCCCAUUGUGUCUUAGCCUGUCUGCACUCAUUAGUGAUAAUACUCUGUAUGUGUAAUAAAUUUUUAUACUCGAACCAG